AUGACAAUUUCAGAAAAACAACCAUUAGAUAAUUUGUUCAUUAGACAUAUAAAAAAUAAAAAUGUUAAUAGUAAACAACAAAUAAAUAAUAAUAGAGAUAAAAUCAUUGAAAAAGAGGAUAAUCAUAAUGGACUAGAAGUUAAAAACCAAGCAUUAAUGCUUUUUAAAGAAAAGAAUUUUGAAGCUGCAAAAAAUCAAUUCAAGCUAGCAUUACAAUUUUUAAUGGUUGGUUCCAAGAACUAUUCAAGUGUAAAAGAGCAAUAUAAACAAGAUGUAUUAGAUGUAUUUCAUCAUUUGGUCCAAUGUUCUCUCAUGGCUAGUGAAUGGAAAGAUGCACGUGACUACUGUACCAAUAUCCUAGAUAUAGACACAAAGAAUAUCAAAGCACUUCAACAAAGAGCCACUGCAAAUAAACACUUGGAUGAUAUUGACGAAUCAAUUUUGGAUUUAGAAAGAGCCCUUGAACUUGACCCAUCAAAUAAAUCAAUUAAACAAUCUUUAAAAAACUAUAAAAAAAAAAAUAAUAGUACGUAA